UUCACUUGACGCUGGCUCCUCCGUCUCGUGCUGCCUGUCCAGCCCUCGGUAACUCUACAGUGGAUAUGUGUUGUCUCUCACCACCUGCAGGUCAUUGUCUAAUGUCUACAACAGCGUGAUGGCAGGUUAGGCUGCUGCGGCCUCCAGGUCGACAAAGACUAUGAGCGCACACUCAGCCCUGCAGGCAACUAAAUCUCUACUCGUCCUGCUCUAACUCCAGAGCCAAGAUCAGCACCAAACAGCCGGCACCCAUCAGAGACAAUGGACCCAAACUCCAACACCGAGAGGCAAAAGAUCUCCCGGACCAGUUUACCUGGGGCUUCUUCACCAACCUCAUCUCAUGGCUGGGAUUCGGCAGCUACCCGUUAGCUUGCUGACAAAUGUUUGCUGAAGCCGUUUGCCUGAAGGUGCAUUGAAAGAAGCGAUCUUGGCUGUCGACCGCGAGCGGUUUGCGUUUGUUUGGUCUGUAAUCAUGGGGAAAGAACAGGAUCUGCUGGUGGCGGUAAAGACUGGGGAUCUUCUGCUGGCGCAUAAACUUCUCACCAAAGUCAAGUGCAACAAAACCAAGUUGCUGGGCUCCACCAAGAGACUCAACAUCAACUACCAAGACUCAGAUGGCUUCUCGGCGCUGCACCAUGCCGCUCUGACCGGCACCCCAGAGUUGCUGUCUCUGCUGCUGGAGGCCCAGGCCACGGUGGAUAUCAAGGACAUCAACGGCAUGCGUCCGCUCCACUACGCAGCCUGGCAGGGGAAAGCGGACUCCGUCUUGUUGCUGCUGAGAGCCGGAGCUUCAGUCAACUCUACUUCCCAUGAUGGACAGGUGCCCUUACAUCUCUCUGCUCAGUAUGGACACUACGAGGUGUCUGAGAUGUUGCUGCAGCACCAGUCUAAUCCCUGCCUGAUGAACAAGGCCAAGAAGACUCCUCUAGAUCUGACCUGCGAGUUUGGCAGACUGAAGGUGGCUCAGUUACUGCUGAGCAGUAACAUGGUGGCGGCGCUGUUAGAAGGGGAGGGGGGGCACGACAGCCUGGACCCUCCAUCCACCACCCCCCUCCACCUGGCUGCCAGGAACGGACACAAAGACAUCAUCAAGUUGCUGCUGAAAGCUGGCAUUGACAUCAACAGAGCCACCAAAGCGGGGACGUCUCUGCACGAGGCUGCCCUCUACGGCAAGACUGAAGUAGUGCGGCUGCUGCUGGAUGCGGGCAUCAAUGUGAACAUGCGCAACACAUACAAUCAGACAGCUUUGGACAUCGUCAACCAGUUCACCACCUCCACAGCCAGCAGGGAAAUCAAACAGCUGCUGAGAGAGGCAUCCAGCUCUCUACAGGUCCGAGCGCUGAAGGACUACUGGAACCUCCACGACCCCACUGCUCUAAACCUCAGGGCUGGAGAUCUUAUUAUGGUGGUGGAGCAGCACUCAGACGGCCGCUGGAAGGGUCACAUCCAUGACACCCAGCGGGGGACGGACCGCGUGGGCUUCUUCCCCCCCUCCGUGGUGGAGGUCCUCAGCAGACGAGCAGGGGGCACUCUCUCCCGCCAAGCCUCAGUGCCCUGCCAACGCCAACAAUAUGUGUCCAGAGCGCCACCCUCAAGCCACGGUCCUGCCCCUCAGACUGAUGACUCAUACACCCUGGGCAAUGAUCCCACAGGUGCUCCACCUGACAGUCAGCCCUCAGCCCCAGCUAGUCGUGCUAGCCCCACUCAGGACAUUUGGGUCCUCCGGAGCUCUCCCACUGGUGACAGGAACAGUGUUGGGAGUGCGGGCAGCGUGGGCAGCAGCCGCAGCGCCGGGAGCGGCCAGAGCUCAGAGAGCGGCCACAAACACAACGGGAUUCCAAAUCGCCACAACGCUGACUACACCAAGCUGGCUCCCUCUGCUGGCGAGUCAGGAGACCAUCUCCACAUUACGGGAGCAGAGCACAGCAAACAGGCAUACGGAUCCACAGGUGGUUCCCGUCGGCAGGCCAACGGCACUCCACUGAAAGGCUUUGUGAGGCCAGAGGAGCUUCUGCAGGGCAAGGACUCGGAGGCCAUCUACCAGUGGCUGUGUGACUUCCAGCUGGAGCAGUACACAUCCAACUUCAUCAGCGCGGGAUAUGAUGUACCCACCAUCAGCAGGAUGACCCCUGAGGACCUGACCGCCAUCGGAGUGACCAAACCAGGCCACAGAAAGAAGAUCUCAAUGGAGAUUGGCAAGCUGAGCAUCCCCGAGUGGCUGCCUGAUUACAUUCCUUCGGAGCUGGGGGAGUGGCUGAGUGUGAUCGGACUGCCUCAGUACCAAAAGAGACUGUGUGACAACGGCUACGACUCCAUCACCAUCGUCAAAGACAUCACCUGGGAGGACCUGCAGGAGAUAGGCAUCACCAAACUGGGCCAUCAGAAGAAGCUCAUGUUAGCGGUGAAGAGGCUUUGUGACCUGCAGCGCUCUCGUAACCAUGCCGACGGAGCCGGAGGCGGGACUCUCCGACGGAAGCCCCCCGCCGCCCUGGAGCUGAUGGCAAUCGAACACACGCCGACACACAGUGUGCACGCUCACGCUCCUCCUGACGACUGCUGCCCCUCCCCUCGCACCCCUAGGGCCCUCCUCUCCUUCCAGGACAGCGAGUUGAGCGCCGAGCUGCAGAGAGCCAUGAUGGGCAGGGCGGGGGGAGGCGCUGCCGAGGCGUUCGCCAUCAGGGGCGCGGCCUCCGCAGCAGCUGUAUCUGCCAUGUCGCUCAGUCAGGAGAGCAUCGGUGUGCGGUCACGGGGAUCAGGGAAUUCGGGGAAUUCUGGAAAUUCAAAUUCAGGUUAUUCUCAAGAUCACCAAGCUGCACCGUGUUCAGCCAAGAACUCCAGCUGGUCGGAGGAGAGUCUGGGGGGCGGUGCGGGGGAGGAGGCCAAGGGUGGAGGAAGCAGUCCUGCAGGUAGAGGUAAACAGAGACCCACAGAGAUGUGGGAGAGUCGCUCUGCCACCCCCAACAAACCCUUCUUGCCCCUAACACCUCCGCUAACCCCCAGCAAGAUGCCUCGCUUCGCCUACCCUGCUGUCCCACCCAAGGCCAAACACCUUCAGUCCCCUCACCGCCUCUAUCAGCCCAAGCACCAUCCGCCCUCCUCCCCUUCCUCGCUGUCGCCGCUGCCUUCCCCCACACAGAAGGCUUUCAGUUACCUCCACGCGCAGGCAGGAGGCGUCAACGGGGGUCCAUGGGUGCUCUCCAAACCUCUGCCCGGAGCGGUCCCUGUGCUGGGCCCCCGGCCUGGGCAGGGCCCAGCUGAUGACGCCCGGAGGGGCCCGCACAAAAAGCGAGCCCAAAGCCUGACUCGCUACGCCCUGUCCGACGGCGAGCCGGACGAAGACGACGACCUCGCUCCCCCCUGCACCUCUGCCUCCUCCCAGGCCAUGCCCUCCUACGCCACCCUGUCCCGCCGGCCGGGACGUGGCCACACGAGCGCCACAGGGACCCAGCGCCACAUCAACCGCAGCCACUCGUUCGCCGUGCGAUCCCGCCGCAAAGGCCCGCCCCCGCCACCGCCCAAGAGGAUGAGCUCGGUGAGCGGCAGCCCGGCAUGCCAACCGGGAAACGGGAAAGUGGGGGAGCCAGAGGUGAAGGGCGGGGUGGAGACGGAGGGCUCAGGCAGUGUGAGGAGCAUCGCAGCCAGGCUGGAGGGGAGCAGCAGCAGUCCGUCCAGGAGGAUAGAUAUACCACCAACUCAUAUCGCAGUUUCACCGGUUUUCAUCCCUGUUUCCUCCCCGAUUCCACAUGGGAUGACUCCUCACAUCAUCCUACAGCACUCCAAACCGGUCCCUGCUCUGGGCCUGGGGGGCCUGAGGAGGACAGGAAGUGAGAGGACAGAAGUGGAGACUGGCAGACAGAGAGGUGGAGGCCCAGAGGAAACCCUCGAGAAAGCAAGGAGAAGCGAAAGAAUGUCAAAGAGUGCUACUGCAUCUCCAAAGCACAGCUCCGGGGAGCACCUCCCUUUCGCUGAAGAAGGCAACCUUACUAUCAAGCAGCGGCCCAGGACAGCAGUUAACACCCUUGCAGACGCUGACGUGAAGGCUCCUCCAGAGCCUCCAGGCCAGACGCCCAACAGCCUGGAGCUCCCAGAGUUCAAUCUGAAAGAGUCUGACACGGUGAAAAGACGACACAAACCCAAAGACAAAGACUCGUCGACACCUGAGGAGGCCACGUCCCCCAACAGAGACUACAACCGCCCACAGGCCAACAGCCUCCACACACCUGAUGACGUCAGGGCGCUGAGCGAUGAUGACUCUCAGAGGCCGGGGAAUAUGUUCCAGAGAGUAGGCUCCAUGGGAAAAGGCCCCAAGCCACCAGUGUCCUCGAAACCUACCAGUCCUCUCAAACAACCGCCGAACAGCAAACCAACAACCCCCCAGAAAACAGUCUCUUCAGUACCAGCUGCACAAACAGCUAUUCCUAAACUGACCAGCAUACAGAUUCACACAGUUUCCCCGAGGCUGGGCGGCAGCGUUCACACACAGACAUGUGUAGCCAGCCACAAAGCCGUGAAUCCACAGACAGAGAGUCCACAGAAAGCUGGUGCUUUGUCUGGACCGAGACUCUGUCAGCCCAGCGUGGUCUCAGCAUCAACAGCAGGACUGAACGUCACCGUGGUCCAGAGCGUUGCAUUCGCUGCUCUGUCCUUCCCAGCGCCGGCCUCCCCAGCGCCGGCCCCUUCGUACCCCACCUCGGCCCCCCCGGCUCCGGCGGGGAGAAUGGCGACGCCUCUGGCCGGGGCCGCCGGUCUGGAGGAGCUGGCUCAGCAGAGGCUGGAGCAGACCAGUACGUCACUGGAAGCUGCUCUCAAAGUGGUGGAGAACAAACUGGCCCAGGGGAGCAGCGUGGACAGCGGCAGCAGCACGGUGAAGGCAGCAGGGAAUAUUCUAGAUGACAUCGGCAACAUGUUUGAUGACCUGGCUGACCAGCUGGACGCCAUGUUGGAGUGACAUCCUGAACUCUGCCUAACAGCGCUCCUCUCUCAGGAGAGCAAGAGACAAAACACGGGCAAUUAGAAUCCCGCCAGAGGGAGAUGGAGACCAACCGGUGAAGCUGUAAUGCCGCCUACACAUGAUACGCGGCAAAACCGCGGGGUUAGGGGCAGAGCAAAAGCGCAGGAACGUUCUGGAAUCGGUUGCGCCUUGAAAGGUCAGCGGCAACUAGGUCAAGGUUGAAAUAAUUUGAACUUUGAGCGCAGCGCACAGCGGCAAUUCCGAGCGGUGCGCGACGCCAAGGGUAGCACUGCGCCUAGUCUCGCAUUGCCAGACCUUCCUCCACAGCGCUGCGGAGGAAGGUCUGGCUAGUCCACACAGCAUUCCAGGG